CGCCUAUGUUAAAUAUGAAAAUGUAACUUGUAACUGAUAUUUUACGCUAGCUGCAGGAUAUCCAGAACAUAAACGAACUCCAAAUAUGUAGAAAUUACAUUGUUUGCUGCAAAGAUUCGGUUAUAUGUCGCAUGAUCUCGGGAACGCGCCAGUCACGAGAAAUGAUAGCUGGAGAACAGUCGCCGUCAAAGCUGUAGGACUGCGCGCGGCGCGCACCCUGUCAUCAGUGGUUCACACGCAUUCGAUAGGAUUGGGGCUAGACUCACUAGCAGGGCCUGGAUCAUUUUUUCACCGAGUCGAAAGGCGUUUGUUUAGCAAGGCGGACUUCCCACCGGCGGAGAUUAAAAACGUGAGAGCAUAUGAGUAUAGACGGGAAACACAACGAUCAGGAUGGUUCGGGAAACCAGACACCUUUGGGUGGGAAAUUUACCCGAACAUGUUCGAGAGGAGAAAAUUGUUGAGCAUUUUAAACGCUAUGGCCGCGUGGAGAGUGUCAAGGUCCUGCGGAAACGUGGCUCAGAGGGUGGGGUGGCGGCCUUUGUGGAUUUUGUGGACAUCAAAAGUGCACAGAAGGCUCACAAUGCUGUCAACAAGAUGGGGGACCGGGACCUACGCACUGAUUACAACGAACCCGGCUCAGUGCCCAGUGCUGUGCGAGGGCUGGAGGACAACCCCCCCUCUAGCAGUCACGCCAGGGACGUUUCGGGGUUCUCACGGGCCGCGGUUGGUCCUGUUUAUGGGCCCCCCGUGUCCCUCCACGGCAGAGAGGGACGCUAUGAACGCAGAAUAGACGGCAGCUCUGACAGUCGAGAGCGUGCCUAUGAACAUAGUCCCUACAGUCACCAUGAACGCGGGGCCGCCUUUGACCGGCCGCGCCACUACAACACAGACUAUUACCGUGACCGUGCCAUGUUUAGCUCGGCUGUGGGCUCUGGCACCGCAGCUAGUGCCAUGGCCAGUGGGUUUGAGGCCCCUGAGCCUCACUUUGAGACACGCAUGCGUGACCCCUUUGCACUGUCCAGCGGCACACGCCGUGAUCCUUACCGUGAUGACCGGGGGCGGCGAGUAGACCGGACAUACCACCACCACCGGCGCAGCCGGUCUUCACACUCCUCACAGUCACGCCACCCCUCGCCCCAGCGGACCACUGGCCAGACCUCCAAAACCCCCCACUCCCCCAAACGAGCCCCUGUCUCCCCCAGCAGAGGCCCGCGCUCACAGUCACGCUCCCGAUCAUCCAGCUCGGACUCUGUCAGCAGCACCAGCAGCACGGGUAGUGGCAGCAGUGACUCCAACAGCAGCUCCAGUGGGGGGUCACGAGCACGCUCAGUGCAGUCAGCCGCCACACAUGCACCCACGGCCCCUCCCCCCCUGUCCAUAGACGGUGACGAGCCACGCAGGAGUUUUGGCAUUAGGGUUCAGAACCUACCUGUGCGCUCUACAGACACGAGUUUGAAGGACGGGCUCUUCCACGAGUUCAAGAAGUACGGGAAGGUGACAUCUGUUCAGAUCCACGGGGCGUCGGAGGAGCGAUACGGACUAGUUUUCUUCAGGCAACAGGAGGACCAGGAAAAAGCACUCACUGUCUCCAAAGGAAAACUCUUCUUUGGCAUGAUGAUUGAGGUCACUGCCUGGAAUGGCCCAGAGACCGAGAGUGAGAAUGAAUUCCGGCCUCUGGAUGGAAGAAUCGAUGAAUUUCAUCCAAAAGCGACCCGCACUCUUUUUAUUGGAAAUUUGGAAAAGACAACCAACUACCAGCAGCUCUUGGACGUGUUUCAGCGCUUUGGGGAGAUAGUGGACAUUGACAUCAAAAGGGUUAAUGGCGUUCCUCAGUAUGCCUUUGUUCAGUACUCUGACAUUGCGAGCGUCUGUAAGGCUAUAAAGAAGAUGGAUGGAGAGUACCUUGGAGCCAACCGCUUAAAGCUUGGUUUCGGGAAGAGUAUGCCCACAACAUGUGUCUGGCUGGAUGGUUUGUCCUCUAACAUCACAGAGCAGUACCUGAACAGACACUUCUGUCGCUAUGGGCUUGUGGUCAAGGUAGUGUUUGACAGAUUGAAAGGAAUGGCUCUCGUCUUGUACAACAAUACUGACUUUGCCCAAGCAGCUGUUAGAGAGACCAAAGGUUGGAAGAUUGGUGGCAACAAAAUUAAAGUUGAUUUUGCCAGUCAAGAGAGCCAAAUGGCCUUCUAUCGCUCCAUGCAAGCUUCUGGGCAGGACAUUAGGGACUUGUAUGAAAUCCCAACCGAGAGGAGAGAAGAACGCAGGCCUCCUUUUCAUGAAUUCACAGCAGAGCGAGCAUACUAUGAAAAUGUGCGUACUCCAGGCCUUUACCCUGAAGAUCCUCGACGUGAAUACCCUGGCAGGAGCCGGGAACGUUACUCUGAACUAGAGCACUAUCAAGGUGAACACUUUGACCCUCGCUAUCAUGAAGAUCCCCGGGAGUACAGAGAUUACCGUGACCCAUUUGAGCAGGACAUGCGCAAGUACACUUACAUUCAGCGGGAAAGAGAGAGAGAGCGUGAGCGCUUUGAGGCUGACCGUGGUCGAUGGAGCCCUUCUCAUCAGAGACGUCCUAUAACCCCUAGUGCUUCACCAUCUCCUUCUGAGCGUGUCCCAAGAGAGACUGAGCGCCGUGUUUACAGGCAUUCUUCAGAGCGAAGUGGGAGCUGUAGCUCGCUGUCCCCUCCACCAGCACCGUUUGAAAAGCCUGAGAAGUCCCCAGUGGAAUAUAAGACUGAGGGUCUUGAAAGAGAAAUUGAGCCAGUGGAGAAGGAACGUGUUGCAGGCGCUGAGAGAAGCAGGCGGGGGAGACGCAAGGACAAAGGAGACAAGGAGAAGGGGGAGAGAGGCAAGUCAAGAAGAGGUAAAAUGCCAUCUCCUGUUGUCUCACAUUCAGAGACGGACAAAGAAGCUUCUUUGGAUGCUAGCUCAAAUAAAGGGAAAGUUUCAGACACGGAUGUUCCUGAGAAAUCACGAUACAAGGGUGAUGAUGAGCCUUCACCUUCUGAACAGGUGUCCCGUCUAGAGCCCCAGAAAGGGGAGAGACUUGAUGCAGGAAAGGGAGAUGCAUCAGAUAGGGAUGGAAAAGGCAGACUGAAAAAACACCUAAAACCUGAUCUUGGAAGUGAAGGGAAAGAUUUAAUUUUGGAGUCAGACCGUUUAGCCGCUCGUAAAAGGCGCUUUGGUGAUCCCAGUGGAAAAACCAUUCGACAGAAAAGGAGUAGAUUGGAGGAUGAGGGUGUCCAGUCCCCAGAGUCUGGAGCAACUUCAACUCUUACUAAAGAGACAGAAGAUGUGAAGGCACUUGAAAAAGAGACACAGAAGAGGGAACAUUUAAAGCCCAAACUGGAGAGGGGGACUUCUCAUUACGGACUUAAAGAAGACCAAGACUCCUCUUCCAUGUCUGGGAUGAGAGGGCAGGGUCUGUGUUCAGUGGUACGACAAGGUGAACCAUCAGAUCUUGAUGAUCUUGACUCUGGGAAGGAUCUGUCUGGUCCUAGUGUUUCUAGAGGGUUCUCACAUGAUGAUAAUCUUGAUCAGGAAAACAAAGGCAGGGAAGAAUAUAUCUCUCUUGACAUAGAUCUUUCCCAGAGCUACCGUAAGCAAAUGGAACAACGCAGACUACGGCAGCAGCUCCAGGAGCCUGAUAAACUUGGAAAACCAGGCAGUCCUCAGGGUUUGGAUGCUGAAGACUUGGAACAUCGCAGUCUAGUGCAUGAAGUAGGAAAACCACCUCAGGAUGUUACAGACAAUUCUCCAUCCUCUAGAAACAAGAAGCAAGACACUUUUGAGUUGGAUGUGAGCAGCAAGAGAGAGCGUGUAUACAGGAGCUUCCGGCCAAAGAGUGAAGAUUCAGAAUGGAAUAACGCAAACUCUCCGAAACCACAACAGUCCUCCCAACAUCCUGAAGAAGAAAUUAUGGACAUGCCACAUCUUAUGACUGUCAAAGAUGUUAAAGAGCUUCCAAAAUCUGAAGAAACUGUUCACCCAGACUUAGAACUAGCAGUCAAAAGAGUACACACCACACAAUUGGCUAAGCUUAGCACUCAUUUACAUGGCAGUGUAGAUGAUUCACAGAAACGUUGGGAGAGUAGGCUGAAGCAAGAUUUAUUACCUGAUCUAAGUUUCUCGGGAAGAAAACGACUAGGACACAAGAAUUUGGAAUACGGCCUUUGGCACGAUUUGGAGCCUGGGGAGGUACGGUCAGAUUCUGAAGAGGAUCGAGAGCACAAAACAAACUCUCCAAUGCCCUCUACAUCUCUUUCUCUUCCAGAGAGGCAAAGAGGGGACAGGCUGUCUGACUCAAAGUUAUCCGCCUCUCUGGAAAGAAAUAAAUUCUAUUCCUUUGCACUGGACCAGACUAUUACACCAGACACCAAAGCUCUUCUUGAGAGGGCAAAGUCCUUGUCAUCUUCUAGGGAAGACAACUGGUCUUUCUUGGAUUAUGACUCCCAUUUCGCUAGUUUACGCAGUCGGAAGGAUACAGAGAAGGUGGAGUCAACACCACGGCCAAUGCCCUCAUGGGCCAUGAAGAAAAAGAAGAUUCGAAGUGAGUCUGAGGAUAAGCUAGAUGACAGGAAGGAGGAACCAAAACCAGAGGAGCAUGAGCGAAGGGGACUUUUUGCCUCUCGUUUUCUUCACAGUUCUAUUUUUGAACAAGAUUCAAGACGCCUCCAGCACCUUGAACGAAAGCAUGAGGACUCUGAACAAGGUCUUGGGUACCAGUCCACUCAGCAAGGUGCAGUAGAGGGACAAGCCGACUCUGAACCAGUUGUGCUAUUUCAUAGCAGAUUCUUGGAGCUGACACGAUUGCAACAUCAAAAAGGUAAAGAUCUCAAAGAACCUCAGCAAGAGGCCAAGAGAGGAGAAAUCACAGAUGGCAGCAGAAUGGGUAAGCCACAAGAAGAGCCCCAAGAACAGCCACAGCCAGUUGCUCAUGUUGUUGAACCAGUUUUAGAAUCUGAAACGAAACCAGUUAGCCCUGUUCAGCUACUCCCCUUGCCACAGAUGGCCCAGUCAGCUAAAGAGAUGUCGCCUCCAUUGGAGAAAAAUAUUGUUCAAAGUAAUUCACCCAAGUCUUCUUAUCUGUCAGUGAAAGAGGAAGAAAAUGAAUCUGAAAAGACUCAUGUGCCUCCACCCCAGCAUGUGCAAGAGGAAGAGCUGCCCUCCAUCAGCCCUGUAUUACCUGAAAUUCGAAUGACAGAGUUAAAAGAACCAAUGAGCUAUGAACAACAUGAACCAUCCAUCAAAAGUGACAUGAGUGAGGAGCAAAUAUCUAGUGUUGAAUCCAAGCCUAGUGAAAUAACAGAGACUAAGGUUAAGACAGAACCCAAGCCUGAACCUGAAGUUUCACAUUUUCCCAACUAUGCCUCCCCAACUCCUGUUGAAGACAUGGAGACCAUGAAACAUGAAUCUAGUCCCAUUGAUGAUGAACCACGAGUCAAACAAGAGAUUGACCAUAAUUCUGUUGAUACUUUUUCUGUGGAGGAGCCAGUCUCACCACCACAAAAAUCGAAAAAUAAGAAGACAAAGACUUCUCCCACAAUGCCUGUAACUCCGUUGGCAUCCCCAAGUAGUUCUGACAAACAAGCCACACGUAAGAGUGAGCGAAUUGAUAGAGAGAAGUUGAAACGUGCCUCUUCCCCACGAGGAGAAAAAACAACUCCUGACUCCAAGUCGACAAGUAAAUCUCCUGUACAGGGCCCCGACACAGAGCAGGUCACCGAACAAAGACGAAGACGAAGAAACGUGCGGUCUGUGUAUGCCACUCCAGUUGAAGAUGAGUCUACUACACAGGCUGGUAAGGAGGUAGAGUCACCGCGUGCAGCUAGGAAACGAGGAGGGGACAAAGAAGUAGCACAUUCACAACAGUCAGACCAGGACAUACUUGCUGUACCAACAACCUCAAGGCGAGGGCGCCCUCCUAAGAAUCGGCGCCAGGGAGAAGAUGCAUCACUUCUGAAGUCCAAAAUUGCAGAGACAAAAGAGGUAGAGGGCAUAGAAUUGGGGAACAGCGAAACUGUCUUGAAAACUACUAAAGGUAAACAUUCUCCCCACCCACAAAAAUCGCAGGCACCUACAUCUAGCACUUAUAGCAAGAAAGGGGACAAACUUUCUGACACCAACCAGCAGGUAGAUCUUUCUGAGGAUAUUAAUAUGCUAGAUUCUGAACCCCAGAGUGAUCUUUCUCCAGGAGAAAGAGGAAAAAACACAGAGAACCCAAAACAGAGCACAGAGGAAGGGCAACAAAAAGAUGAUGGUGUUCUUACUGAUGGGACUACUGGGAUCAAAACUGACAACCCCACUGAGGCCCCUGUUGUGGACGAACUUCCUCAAGCUGAAAAGAGUGGGAAGUCUAAAGCUACAAGAUUGAUUCGAAAUACUAAAUUGCCAACUGAAGACAAGUCCCUUGUUCUUAAGAAUCUACGAAUCAGACUUGACAUGACUGAGGUCAAAGCAAUGCUUCAAUCUGGUGAAGAUGAUGUUGAGGUGGAGGAUUUGAACAAAAAAGCAGAACUUUCACCCAAAGAUCAAGUUAUGGAAAGCUCUCAAGAAAAAGAAGUCGUACAAAGUGAUAAGGAUGAGGAACCAUCAGACUCUAAAAUGACCGACCCAGCUGAAAACGAUUUAUCUCGAGAAUUCGAACUUGAGCAAGCUGUAGAAAACAUAGCUAAACUGACUGAUGGUCCUAGCCCUCAACCAUUCAAAAGUCCCAGAACAGAGCGACCUAGUCCAGUGGUUCCGGUUCCACUUCCACUUCCAGUUCCAGUGGAACCAGAGCCUCCGAUGGAGGUUGAGAAACCUGCCAAUCCUGCCAGUGAAACUGAACUUGCUGCUGCCAUUGAUUCAAUCACAUCUGAAGACCUAUCCUGCGCAUUGCCGCAAGAGCCAGCCAUCAGCACUGUUAUGGCGUCGGAACCAGCAAUCCAGCCAUUUCAAAGAGAUUCCAAGGUUGUAGAACCUAGUUCCAGCAGUGCUCCUAUUCAGGAGGAGACGAGUUCCACAGUGUCUCCUAGGAAAGGAGCUAAAGGCAGAGCUAAAACACAAAAGAAGUCGAAAAGUCAAAAGCCAGCUGCCAGCAGAAAGGAUUCGGUUAAAGACAGUGUAGCAGAACCUGACAACUCCAGUGUCCAGGGUUCAGAUCCUGUGUCUGACACGCAAACAGUUACAGAGAAUCCUUCUGCAACAUCCAUAGUCAUUACCUCCCCUUCUAAAUUGAAUGUGUCACAUCUAACAGACAAUGUUACUGAAGAACCACUUCAUGAUGAACCCACACAUGGAAGAUCUGCAGGCCUUGUGAAUAAAAGUCAAACUAUUCUUAAACCACCACAGCCCUAUGAGUGUACUCCUCUCUCCCCAACAUCUUUAUGCCUAAAACCCACACACAAGCUUCCUCUCUCUCCAACAGACCGAUUUAGUCAGUCCAGGGACACCCCAAUGGUACCAGCAGCUCAAGGAGAAAAUCAAACCGUGUCCCCUGGACCUGAAACCCAUGACCCUGACUCCAGUGACUUGCGCAAAAUUCUAAUGAAGCCUAAAAAUAUCCCUCUGUCAGGUACUAGCACUGCACUGGGAAACAUGACUUCACACCCACCGAGAGAGAGUGUGUCUCCAUCAGAGAUGGUAGCCAAUAAGACUUCUUUGCCAGAAAGUCGACAUUCAACUUUGCCUGCUCAACCUGUUGUCCGGUCCCCUGGCUCCCUCCCUUCAACAGAGACCAAACAGCUUUUUGGUGAGAAAACUGUGAUUUCUGUCAUUGCCUCCACUGCCACCUCAGUCAUAAGUCGUAUCUGUAACACUCCUGAGUCUGAGGAAAAGGCAAAUAUCCCAAGGAAUAACCCGUAUGGUGAAAAACAACUUCCCAAGCAAAUGUUUCAGACCAGUAUCGAGGAGAGUAGUACUUACCAUGGAGCAACUAUGGGAGAGGAAGGAGGAAAUGCAGGACGUUUUGUAGUUGAAAGUGCAACUGUUGGUACAGGGCCCAGUCCUGGCUUGAGGGUGAACACUUCAGAGGGUGUGGUGGUGCUUAGUCACUCUGGUCAGAAAAUGGAAGGACCACAGAGGAUUAGUGCAAAAAUUAGCCAGAUUCCACCAGCUAGCCCUGCGGACAUGGAGUCUCAGCAGUUGGUUUCCAUGCCUCAGAUGAAACCAGAUCAUUAUGCCCAGACCCCUAGUGCCAAGUGCCCUCUUGUUCCAUCAGAUCACGGGCAUUCCCUUAAGACACAAUCAAGUGUCUCCACCAAACAAGAAAAUUCCUUGGACAAGAUUGAAACAUACCAAGCAAGUGGUCAGAGUGGGGUUGUGAAAAGGUUGCCGCAAUCUGGGGGCAGUCCACAGGUUAUGGGUUACCAUCACUCAGACUUUUCUAUGCUUAUGAAGCAUCCAAAGAAAGCAGAAGGAGCAGAACCUCUCAGUGAUGGGGCUAAACCCUCCUGGGCAUCUGCUAUAAGUCCAGCCAUAAGCCCCCACCUUCCCUCGUUGGCUGGUAAUCCUGUUGGGUUCUUACCCAACACUCCUGCAGAUAGAGCUCCCACUCACCUUGGUGGAAUUAAAGAGCCUCGUUCUCCUCGGAAAUCUGGCCACCCUCAUUCUCCUUUUACCAAAGUGUCUUCUCCCAUAGGGUCCUCCUCUCCAAAGGCCAUGCCCUCUGGCUUACCGCCCAUGUCUCAGUAUGUCCCAAAUGUCCAUCACUCAGAGCAGUCAGUCAUCAUGCCUCCACACAGCACCCAUGGAAGCAUAGGUAGAAUGUCACCACACCGUGUUGGCCAGACCAUUCCAAUGGGACAUUUGUCUCAAGGAGAUGUUAGAGUGAACACUCCACCAUUGGCUAUGAUGAAUUAUGGGAUGCAUUCUGAUCCACUGUCAUCUCCAUGGUCAGGGCCUCCCCAACAGUGCCCAACAUCUCCUCAGGCAGUUGGAGGCAGAGAUAUGGUUCUGAAGGUCAAUCCUGGCAAUACAAGGGCACAUGAAGCAAAUGAUGAAGAGACAAGACGAUACCAGGCCUUGGGAAGACCAACAGCCACUCCCCUUAAGCCAGAAACCUUGCCACAAGAAUAUCGUGGAGCUCUACAUAGUGGUCUGCCACUAGACCGCUACAACAUUGCACAGAGGGAUAUGCGUGUACUCAUGCAUCACCAGCAGGGGGAGCGCCCUGCCUCAGAGUUGCACCAUGGUCCUGAACCUGUUCCCUCUUCAUCCAGCUCCACCAGCAUAACUGCUUCCUUGUCCCCAAGGGCUCACCUACUGGCAAAAAAUGUGCCUGAGAGGGACGCCUUGAAAUCAUCAGAGGUUAACAGGCCACUUUCACCUGUCACUAAAGAGGGAAUUAUUGGCAUCCGUGGAGCUAUGCCUGCCAUUUCCUCACCUCAACGAAUUCAAUUACUGGCAUCAGGAACGAGCCCAGCGUUCCAAGAGUACCCGGCCGUGUAUACCAAUAUUAGAGGUGUCCCUUCGCAGUUUGCAGAGAAUUCACCUUUGAACAUCAACCAGACUCCGCACAUUGCAUCUUCACAGGCUCCUCAAGAUCCAGACCGCAGCCAAACGCCAAAUGAGGGUAAAGGGGAACAGGUGGAACACCAGUCUGUGAACAUGGUGCAGCUUUUAACGAAAUAUCCCAUCAUUUGGCAAGGCCUAAUAGCUCUAAAGAACGAUACUGCUGCAGUCCAGUUACAUUUUGUGUAUGGAAACAAGGCCCUUGCAGUGCGGUCUCUACCCUUGCAGGAGGGAGGUGCUCUCUUGCGCAUUGUCCAGAGAAUGAGAUUGGAGGCAUCACAGCUGGAGAGUGUGGCUCGAAGGAUGACUGGUGACAGUGAGUUCUGCCUGUUGCUGGCCAUGCCUUGUGGGCGUGACCAAGACGAUGUCCGGAGCCAAACCCAGUUCCUCCGAACAUCUUUCAUAAACUACCUGCAGGCCAAGCUGGCUGCAGGAAUCAUCAACAUCCCAAACCCAGGCUCCAAUCAGCCAGCCUACGUGCUACAGAUCUUUCCGCCAUGUGAGUUCUCGGAGAGCCAUCUUUCACGGCUUGCACCAGACCUCCUGAGUAGAAUCUCCAGUAUCUGUCCACAGCACCUCAUGAUCGUCAUCACCUCUGUGUGACUUAUUGGAUAUCUCACACAGCCACCUUCUCUGCCUUUCCUUACCCCCUCUACCCUCCUGGACACAUCUUUCAUCAUCAGGAUAAUGGCACGUUUUUGGAGCUGGGAGUUCCUGAAAAAUGUAAAGUCCGUCUCUGGAACAUUAUCUUUUUCUAUCAUUCGUAAUUUUUUUUUUUCUUUCUCAUUUUUUCCCCUAAUCCAGUCUUUCCUGCCUGGUAUUUGUGUGUUUCUCUGAGGAGCUCAGGGAAAGGCCAACACGGGGGCCCCGCUCCAGACGAUGUACAGUCUUAUCUGAUCAUUUCUCUGCUGUAUUUGUAUUUAUUGUUGGUGUUAUUUUAUUGUUCCUUUUUUCUACAAAGGUAAAUACAUUGAGAAAAUCAGGAUGUUUGAAGAACAAAGAAAUUACCAUCAAAGUGGAUUUGCUUCUUUUGUCUCUUCCUUCUACAGAGAUUUUGGCUUCAAUAAAACAAACGGAAUACUAAUAACCAUGUACAAUACAUUUUUGGUUUUCAGUAUAGCAAUUAUGUACAAAUGACUGCGGUAAAUUCCCUCAAAGGAAUUUCCACCCAAUGAAAUUUUUUCUUUUUUUUUUUAAAAGCCCAUCACUUAGACAGCUCCCGAUUCCACUCUGCUACUUAACCAGGUUUACUUUUGGCCUCACACCGCAUCAGACAAGCAGCAGUAGGAUUUUGGAGUUCGGAUGGCUGGACUGUAAAUAUUUUAAAUAUUUAAACUUUUAAACAAAAUGGUUGGAGCCCCAGAGAUGCCAUCCUAUUGUCAAACCACAGAUUGAACUGGAUGAGGAGACGAACCACAGACGAACAUGAGACGUUAUUGUUUGUGAUGUAAAUACUAACUAGGACGUAGGCUGCCAGCUCUUGGAUGGGCUGUUCUGGGCACUUCCCAUUUUGUUACUCAAAUAAUAAAAAAAAAAAACAUUGAA